CAGAACACUCGCAAUGUUCUCUUACAAAAUAGCCAACUGUGAAAUUUCGGGUAUACUCGGUCAAAUAUUGCGAGAUCCGAAUUGAAAUUUCGAAUAAAUUAAUUUAAAUUGUUAAGACUUGUUAAAUUGUUAAAACAUUGACUUCUUUUGUUCCUGUUUUCGCAUCGACGAUCAAAUAAAUAAUGUGGCUGUGAUAUCUCGAAGACGUGUCAAUAUUAAAUUGUUUUUCUGGAUUACAAAGAUACAGUUUACACGCACAUAAAAAAGGCUGAAUAAUAUUGUUCGUAAAAAAAUAAUACAUAAUCGAGAUCGCAAAACGACUUCAUAUCGAGUAAAACGACACUUGCGAUUAUGGGUACCUGGCAUCACGGUCUGCAAGAUGUUCUUAUGGAAUCUGUUACAAAAGAUUCGACAGAGAAAAUACAACCUGAAGUGACUAAUCAUCUUGCUGACAUCAAUCAACACUUUUAUGAAUAUUUGAUUUUAUGUGAGCACACCCCUAACAUGGUAGAGAACGAAAAUCUGGGACAAGUACAAGUUUUGCUAAAACCGCUACAGAUGGAAUUGACAAAAUCUAUGACGAGUGUUCCAAAAGAAGAUACAAGAUUGUUAAUGCAGUGUAAAGGGAGAAGCCAAGCGGCAAUAAAAAAAAUUAGGGCAAUACAAAAAAUUGUACACGGUAAAAAUCAAAAAGAUAUUGGGCAGUGCUGUUACGGUGAAUUUAUUAGAAGGAUACAUUAAAGAAAGUGACUAAUAAUGGACAAGAAUUAUCUGAUAGAAAAGUCUUCUUAGUCGAUGAGUUACUAAUAUUUUGUAAACCAAUGAAAAUAGAUGUUAUAUUUACGUAUUUUGAUGAAAAAAAUUUUACUUACCAAGAUAAAUUUCAAUUGGAAGAGAAACUUUUUAUUAGCAAAG